GAGGCGGCCUGUAGGUACGGUACACGUAUAGCCGUUCUAUACCGACGAGGGCUCUACUACAGUAGAGUUCGGUUCCUGACGGUGGCACCGGUCGGUCCGUCGUGUGGAAUGAUUACAUUCGAAAUGUGUCCCGACUCGUGGAUACACAAAGACUGCAUAAUUAGUUGCGAUUCCGUAAGUGAAAAUUAAUUCAGACUUACUACUUUGUUCCUUCCAAUAAGUUCUGAAUUUAUAGACGUGUUUAUAGACUGUGGAAUUACUGUUUAAUAAAUAUCUUGAGUUACCGAGCGCUGUUGCCGGCGUGCAUUUCUGAUAUAAAUAUCAUGCAGGACCGAUAGACAUCAGAUUCAGGCGGAUGGCGCUAGUGGAGGAGACAGGCGCGGGCGCCGCCGACGACCCGGAAGCCUUGCUCAACGAGUGGUUGGGGGAACUCACCGUGCUCACUGCGGGUCUAAAUUCCUCAAGCGAAGUGACGACUGCACUCAGGCCGCUAGAAAUAGUGGCACCUCGCAUUGACACCUACCGCUUCUCUAUGGCCAACUUGGAAGAAACACAAGAUGCAGACCUGGACGCUAUCUUGGGGGAACUCUGCGCCCUGGACUCAGAAUAUGAUGAAGAGAUAUCCAGGGUUUCUUCUGGUUUUUCAUCUGAUGCUAAAGAGAGAAAUAAUAGCGGUGAAGGCUGUUCUCAGCGCCAGCAGUGCAGUAAGGAGUGUUCUGAUGGAGCAGCCAACAUUUCGCGCACAGACUCCCCUGAUAAUGAUUCAGCUUUUAGUGACACUGUGUCCAUGCUGUCUAGUGAGUCAUCAGCCUCCAGCAGCGCCAGCUCCAAAUGUAAAGCUCUCAAACUGAAUCUACAUGACACUCAGAAGGAUGCCAGUUUCCAACAAAAAGCUGACAAGAUCAAGUUGGCUCUAGAGAGGAUGCGAGAGGCAAACGUGAAGAAAUUAUUCAUUAAAGCUUUUUCCAUGGACGGUUCUUCCAAAAGCCUUCUGGUGGACGAAAAGAUGACGUGCGGCUACGUGGCCAGGUUGCUGGCAGACAAAAACCACGUCACGAUGGAACCAAAGUGGGCAAUCGUCGAACAUUUACCUGAUUUACACAUGGAGCGUGUGUAUGAAGAUCAUGAAAUGCUAGUUGAUAAUUUAAUGUUGUGGACCAGAGAGUCCAAAAACAAAAUUUUGUUUGCCGAAAGAUCCGACAAAAUAUCACUAUUCCAAACUCCAGAAAAGUUUUUGCUGACUGAAGAUGAUAGAGGUUGGUCAAGUGAACACGAUGAACACUCGAGGCAAGUAAUUCUAGAAGAGUUUUUCGGUCAGAGUGGAGGGACUAUAAGCUCGGUACCCUCCGUGUCAGGGCAUCCUGUGCCCCCCAUGGAAGGCCCACUCUACCUGAAAAGCGACGCAAAGAAAGGCUGGAAGAAAUACCAUUUCGUGCUCCGUCCAUCAGGACUGUACUACUCGCCAAAGGACAAAGUAAAAACUCUGAAAGAAUUGGUAUGCCUGGCUACCUUCGACACGAAUGAAGUCUACCUGGGACUGAACUGGAAGAAGAAGUACAAGUCUCCAACAGACUACUGCUUCGCUAUCAAACAUCCGAGACUGCAGCAACCAAAGAGUGUUAAAUUUAUUAAGUUCCUAUGUGCUGAUGAUCAGCGCACGCUCGAGAGAUGGGUGACCGCAAUGAGGAUAGCAAAGCACGGAAGGCAAUUACUGGAAAAUCACCGAUCGUUGGUAGAAGAGCUAACGCAAGAGGACUUGGAUCACCUGGCUCAUGCGCGAUCAUGUUCUAUAUCUUCGAUCCCAACGAAAACGAAUGGUAGUACCACAGCUGGCAUCAACAGCCCAGCGCAGUCUAACUCAAGUAACGUCAGUGUUGCCAACUCCGACAUCAGCAGCGGAAGGCACUCGCGGGCGUCCUCCUCGAGCUCCAGCGGGUGUCUCUCCGACGGCGGCACCGCUUCCGAGAGCGCGUUUGACUGUGAAUUCCCUAUGGGCACUAUAAAACGCAAGCCUUCCAUGAAACCGAACAUUCCUCUGACUUGGAUGACACGUCAGCUGAAAGAGAUGGUGGAAAAAGGGGGAGAGUGCGACGGAGAAGACGAAGGAGGUGGCGACGGCGGCACCCUCACCAGGAGACCACGGAACUCCCGUGCUGAGGACUCCACGCUCAAGCGGCACCAUAGCAUCGAAACAACAGACAAUUCUGUCUAUAGCGCUACAAACACUACCCAUCUUAAUUCUUUGGGUAGUCCAGCUCGACACGAGCCGCCGUCGUCAUCUUACGGACUCUACGAGAGCAUCCCCCGGGAGAAUCUCUACAGAAAUAGUUCAGACAACAGUUCUACUCUAUAUGGUUAUGCAACUGUUUACGAUAAAGUGCAAAGGCCGCCGGAGGUCCCGGUAGCCGAAGAGUUACCGCUGCCACCACCACCCUCUGAAGAUAUACCAGAUGGCAUGUUUAGUUCUACUUUAAGUUUGGAUUCACUUCCACCUCCCCCGCCGCCCUUGGAUAUCAUUGAAGACAUUUCUGGGUCUCAACUUAGUUUGCCACCACCACCACCAGAGCAUACAAUGGAAGCGCAUAGCGGCCGAGUGCAGGACAUAGUAAGCCAGUUGACUGCGCAGCAGAUCGAGCAGACUGCGCGAGCUGGCCUUUCUAGAACCAGCUCGCGAAGUUCAGAAACCAGUCGCACCUUUCCACGACAACCGUCCCUAGAUAGUGUCAACUCAGACACCUCACGAACCUCCUCCCUCCAUUCCGAUAAAAGCAUUUACGGCCAGCAGAAUGUUGCUUAUGGUGCCUGUUUGGUCGAACUUCAGAACAAGAAACUUAGUAAUGGCAGUCCCUCCAUCCAAAAGAAACUCACCACUGAAACAACGAAAGAACGCACGGGAUCCAUAAAGAAAGUUAAUUUCGCUGAUGAUCUUCCAACGUGUUCAGACACCAAAGGGAAAAAGAAAAUUUCAUUCAAUUUAAAAGAUCCUCCGCCAUCCUCACCGCGAAAGCCGCCUCCACCCAAACGCAAUGAGAGUACGAGGCUGUCGUCACCUAAGAAACUAGCAGACUCCAAUAGCAAUCCGCCGAAAGAAUUUUUGAAAGAUUUACAAAGAGUGAUGAGGAAAAAAUGGCAAGUCGCCCAGAAGUGUAAAUUAGAACCGGCGACGACGCCUCACGAGGUGCUCGGUUUUCGUGAGUAUCCACUGUCUGAGGAUUACAAGGAGACGAGUGUUUCGAUGUGGGUGCAAGAACACUACGGCGGAGGGGUAGAAGAUCCAUUUUAUGAAAAUAUGUAUGGAAGAGAGCCUCAGCCGCGGCGGGAGGAACCCAAACCAAUCAAGAAGAGGCCGCCGCCCGCGCCGCCGCGUCGCAGCGAGUCCACACAUCUGUCCACACACCCGCAUCCUUCCGCAGUUCACCCUACGGCCUAACUCGAACUUGUACAAUAGAGGGCAACGGGUCAGUGUAGAUGAAUUAACUCGAAUAUCCAAUUUAACGCCUCAAUGAAAUAUAUUAGGUAUAUAAAGUUUAGUGAUAUUCUUGCAGCUAUUUGUGUUACUGCAGUACUUCGAACUGAUGGUUUGCUAAAAUUAUACUCGUAUGUACCUAUUUACUUAAUACAAUUUAGAGAAUUCUACUUUAGGACUUAAGUAUCUAUUGGCGAAUCCUUUCAUUAUUUAAUAAAUUAUAUGCUCUCUUUACACAGAAGACAAAAAUUUAUCGAUCAGACGUAAAUUAACUAAAUAAAUCAUUUUGACCAAUUUGGGUAUUAUAAAAAAUAAUAAUCCUUUUUGAAGGCAAAUUAUAAUUAAUAAUCUUAUAGUUAUUUGAAAGGCGGUGCUAUUUUGAAAAUGGUAUACUAAGGUAUGUAGGAUGGAUUUUGUUGUUUACUUGUAGUUAUCGGAAGAUAGGUUAUGUAUUGAAAGGAAAUGCCUAUUUAAAUUUUAAAUUUAAGUUAGGAUUAUAUUAUGACGAGCAGAGCUCAGAAUAUCUUGGAGAUUAUCCUAAGUAUAGAUACGUAUAGCAAGUUUAAUUGAGUCUUUCAAACCUUCAUAACUACAAGUAGACAUUCAAAAUAUAUUUAUUGCAAGAAGUUGGAGUUUUGUCAAUUUUAUAUUAUGUUCCUAGUUAAUUAUUGCAUGUUAUUACAAUAUACCACCAUAAUUUGAAAAAGCACUCGGCGAAGAAUCGUAUACGUUCAUGAUAUUAGUUUACAACAUAUUAUAUGUUUUACAUCGUAAAUAGAAUUGGAAACUAAGUACGUUCUUCACACACUUCACCCAUCAACAGUAGAUAAGAGCGUAUUGAAUUUCUGUAGAAAUGGUCUGUAUAUCCAAGUUAGGUAAAUGUCUACAUAUUUUAGGCUGACGACUGAUUUCGAAAUUUAUGGACACAAAUGUGUUAUUUGUAUUUUGGGAUGUUUGCACGGAAAGGCUUAAUGUUCACCGUUGAUUAAAAUCUGAUGUUUUGGCAUUUUAAGCAGUUUAUCUGUGAAACCUUAGCUCAUUAAAUACUGAUGUAUGUUAAACUUUCGGUUAUCAUUCCGCUUGUUUUCAAUUGAUUUAAUGCACAAUGGAUGACUUAAUUGUUGUUGUUCAUCAGUAGGUAAUUUAUAUCGCGUCCGCAAGUCGUUAUGAGUCAGUAUAUAUUUAUAAUAUAGGUACAUAUUAUAUUCACAAACAACAUCACAUGUACGUAAUGCUUUCCGGUGUAUAUUAUUACCCUUUAAAGCAAUGACUACCACUACCACAGACACGAGAUGGGCAAUUAUUGUACUUAUAUCUGCGUUAAACUAAAGUACCAUAGUAAGCCUUACUUAGAAAAUAUAAAACGCAUCACAUCACAUGUUUUAACGUACAUUACAAGAAUAUGUGAGGUUUCUAGUGAGACUUUCAUUAUAUAGUGAGUUGACAUAUUCCUUAAUUUGUGCCAUAGUCAGUCAUGUUAUAAAGUCGUUUUGUUUAUCGCCGAACCUCGACGAUUGACGAAACAAAUGAUUUAUAUUGUACAUAGACAAGUGACACUAUAAGCUGUUUAUAGUUAUCAAUAAGAACACUUACGUUGAUAUGUGUCAUAUUAUAUGUUUAUUUUAAUAAUAGCUACAUUUUUCGUGUCCAAGCUUAAGAUCAACGGAUGCCUGUGUAGAUAAUAUAUUAUUUGUGUUUAUUACCCUUGUAGAACUCCGAUGAGUCUGAUCUCGCCGGUCCCGCGCUGCGUAAUGUUAUUUUUGGGCUGUGAUUUAAUCGCUGGAUCAUUUUGAAUCAUUCGUUUAGUUUUGUUGCUUGUAUUGUACACGAAGGAACCCGCCCUGUGCGGUGCGCGGGGUCCUGUGUUUUCGAACCCUUGUAAACGAAUAGAAAUGAACAUUUUAUCUGAUAUGCAUUAAUAUUAAUAUAAUAUGAUAAUGAGAUAAAGAUAAUUAAGUUUUCAAUACCUGUCUAGGUUAACAAUUGAAACGUCAUGGUUUCGUUUAAGACACUAACUUUAUUUAACUAAGGAAAUAAAUACUAACUAAAGAUCAGAAGGAAAUGUAGUUAAAGCGGACUAGCUUAUCCAACAAUAUUUAGCUGGAAAUUAACUAAUACAACUAGAAACAGUUUAUUUUUACUUUACAUAAUGAUGUAUGAAUGAAUAAUCUUCAUUGUGUAAAUGUAAGUUUAUAUUAAAGUUAAAAUGAAAAUAGUAAAACUAGAAACCGUUGUAAAAGUUGUCAAUAGACACAACAAAAUGUUGAAGCUAACGAUUAAAAAAAUUGGCCAUUGGAUAGAUUAGUCUUAUCUUUUUUCCCUGGUCUUAGGUUCGAUCAGAGGCUUACCAGAAUGCCUAACCUAUAUAAUACCUAUGUAUGUAUGUCUAGUUUGAAAGUUCGAGAUGAAUUCUUACAAGUAGGCUUUUUAUGGGUGUGGCUUUGAGGAAGAAGAUUAAGUGUUCCAUAAAUAACAAAGACCUGUUUAAUAUGGGCCAUAAGUAAUAACUAUUUUUACGUAGAUGCGAUUAAAUAGUUGCGUUGUAUAUCGGAAUUCCCUCCAACACACAUUCGGGUUGCAAAGACUGAAUUUAAAUCAAUCCGAUAUUUGACAAUAAGCUUGCGUCCGCACACAGACUUGAAAAGUGCCGAGCAAGGAAUAACAUGUAAUCGAGGUUGGGACGGGCGCUCCAUGCUCUGUGCAGAUCUUAAAGAAAAACUAAGAAAUCCUGCGGUGCCGCAUCACCUCAUUUCAUUUAUAGCGCACAUUUUUCGUGAGUCUUGUGAUCAGUGACUGCCUAGAGAGCAAAGAAAUAAUUUCGUUACAAUUUAAAAGUAAAUACAAGGACUUAAAAAUUAAUAUUACAGGCUGAAAUAUUUUUAUUCAUUACCAUUCCAUAAUAGCAUUUUUAUAAAAUCUCAUUCUUUGAUUGUUACGUAAAAUUGUUAUUGUACUAUUUCACAUUUUACUAAGAAUUGAUUUCGAUAAAAACAUUUUAAUAAUGGAAUAUCUUGAAUAAAUUAGAUUAACGUCUAAGAGUAUUAUAUGAGUUCAUCGCAAAUUAAUAUUUUUUAUUAUAAGCCAUUAUGUCUUAUUUUAUAAUUUGUUCAAAUCAUGUGUAAAAUUUUGAUAAAAUUACCUAGGUACCUACCGAUUAAAUAUAACUUCGGUCCAAGUAUGUACAUAUAUAAAACACAUGAUUCAUACACAUAGUGAUUGAGAUAAAAUUUAGAUACCUUUAACAGAUGUGCUAUGUAUGUAUAAAUUUUGAAUUUUUUUCAUUGGGUCCAAUAAAAGACAUAAAUGAGCUCUUUCACCGAACUGUAUAAAGUGUAGGAGCACACUACUAGAUGCUUAUAAACUGCACAUUUACGAAGACAUAUAAAAGGGUCCUUAAAUUUUUAUACUUUAUAUUUAAUUUGUGUGGCCCUCAUAUAUUUGAUAGAUGUCUAACCAAUACUCGAUAAUAAUCAAAUUAUGUAUAUACGUAUUUCUCUAUUUGCGACAUUCGGUGUUGAGAAGAUGUUUCCGAACAAUUUAUUUUUAUGAUCAAUAAUAAUCAUCGAUAACUAGCUAUACCAUGCGGUUCCUAACAGGAUGUGUAGGUUAGUUAAUUUGAUAAAUACAUAUGUAUACCUACAAUCAAUAAUUCUAUUUGAAAAUGUAUCAAACAAAUUAUGUAAUAUACCUACUCAACGUAUGCUGCUCCUGCAAUUUCUAAAUAAAAACUAAAAACACUUUAUUCGUGUGUAUGAUGUUAUGCGUGAUGUUUAGGUAGUUGUAUAAAAUAUGUACUUUUCGUAUAAAUUCAUACUACACGCUAACCCGUACCUGCUACCAGUUUAUACUCGUACGAAAACAGUGUUAAAAUAAAACUAGCCCCAAUAAAUCCGAUGUCGUGGCUCAUUGUGGAUCUUGAAUAAGGUCGAAUUUUGUUUAAUAUUGUAGCCCUUAGGGAAAUUAUCUAAAUAAUCAUGGACCGAAUGUGUAGCUAAAUGCCAAACACAUAGUGUAUCUUUAUUCUGUGAAAAAACAUUGCUAGUAUGUCGCUAGCGAUAACCUUCUUAUCUUUAUAACGAAUGAAGCUCACACAACCUUGACAUGUAACAAUUGCAAUGAAAAAAAAAUCUACUUACAAAAUAACUCAUGACAUAUGAUUAUAAUUAAUACUAUGAAUAUCGAUAAACCACUAUUAUAUAAAUAUAAUCUCUACAAACAUAUAAUUGAUGUCAUGAAACUUAAGUUUUAUUACAAGAAUGUUGUGGACGUAAAGAAUUAAUUUCUAUUAAUUUUUUCAUCACACGUGACUUAUCCUUUAAAACCCUACAUCAUGGCGACAGUGUCUUUGAAAAUAAUAUAAUCAAAUUUUACUGUUAUUUGACGCAUUUAUUAGUGUUCUUAAUUAUGUUUACAUUGUACAGAACAAAUUAAUUAUAACAUUAAUUCUUUGUAUAUUUUUUCAAAUAUAACAAAAUUCCAAAUA